UGCAGAGAAGCUGAAACACUGUAGUUGGGCAGGACAAGUAAGGAAUGAGCCAGCCUUGGGAAAGAGGACCUGCCAUCCUAGCUGGAGACAUCUGAAGAGAGGACAUUUUAGUCUUGUGGCAUGCUUCAGUAGGAAUUAUUCAGAAAAAGAUGGCUGGCUGUGGCGAAAUAGAUCAUUCGAUCAACAUGCUUCCCACAAAUAGGAAGACAAAUGAAUCGUGUGCUAACGCAGCACCUUCCCUGACAGUCCCCGAAUGUGCUAUCUGUCUGCAAACAUGUGUCCAUCCAGUAAGUUUGCCUUGUAAACAUGUUUUCUGCUAUCUGUGCGUGAAAGGAGCUUCUUGGCUUGGGAAACGAUGUGCACUCUGCCGGCAGGAGAUUCCAGAGGAUUUUCUUGACAAGCCAACCUUAUUGUCACCAGAAGAACUCAAAGCGGCUAGCAGAGGCAAUGGAGAAUACGCUUGGUACUACGAAGGUAGAAAUGGUUGGUGGCAGUAUGAUGAACGUACCAGCAGAGAGCUGGAAGAUGCCUUUUCCAAGGGUAAAAAGAGCACUGAAAUGCUAAUCGCCGGGUUUUUAUACGUAGCAGACCUUGAAAAUAUGGUUCAGUAUAGGAGAAAUGAGCACGGACGCCGCAGAAAAAUAAAACGGGACAUAAUAGAUAUACCAAAGAAGGGAGUGGCUGGGCUGAGGUUGGACUGUGACGCUAACACUGUCAAUUUGGCAAGAGAGAGUUCCGCUGACGGUGCAGACAGCACACCCACUCCAGGGGCUGCAGCUGUGCAGGCUCUAGCAUCCAUUUCUGCUAGGCCUCUCCCUUCACUAGAUGGUCAGCUGGUGAGUCCUUCAACGCCAUCGCCUGAUGCAAGCAAUUCUCUAGAGAACUCUUUUGCCCACUUACAAAUAAAUGGAGACAGUAUGGCUGAAAGGAGUCAUAGGGGAGAGGGAGAAGAAGACCACGAGUCAUCAUCUUCUGGGAGGGUGCCAGCCCCUGACACCUCUGUUGAGGAGACCGAAUCGGAUGCGAGCAGCGAUAGCGAGGAUGUAUCUGCCCACCUUCAGCAACGCCCGUCUUCUGUCCAGCAGAGACACUUGAACGCAAAUGCAAGCCAGUCAGGAGCAGAUAGACCAGCGGCAGGGGGAGGGGCGGUAAACACAAGUGUAAGAUCCAGAAGGCCAGAUGGACAGUGCACAGUCACUGAAGUUUAAAUCUAGAGCCAUGCGAUUAAAAACUCAGUCCUGUAUCUGUAAAUUUUCUGUCCACAUUGGCAUUGCACUCAAACCUAGCAGUGUGUUUGGUGGGAGGGUGGGGUGAAGGGGAGAAACAGAUUUGGCCUGUUUAACAUAAGUCUCUUAACAUGUCUCAGCUGGAAGACUCUAACUGUAGGAAACUGGGUUGUCCUGUUAAUGGUUUGAAAGCUGCUUAGCAAUACCCAGUUUUCUUGAAAACGUCUUGUGUUUAUUUUGUAGCAUUUUCCCCUUGGAGAUCCUCGACCCCUUUUUGGCCAAUGUAUAUCUACUGUACAACUUGAAUUGUCUUCAUUAUCUGACUGUUGCAUUAAGUGUCUUACUACUUUCUGCAUGGAUUGAUGUAUGAAAAGAACACUAAAGCAAUGUGGGAGCAGGCAAGAUGUUGGGUGUGAGCAAGAUGCUUAAUUUAAUGUGAGAAAAUAGAUGUGAGUUUGGAGUUAAAAUGUGUUUUUACUAGACAAGAGCAAUCAUCUACCUUCCUUCAAUGGAAAUGUACAAAUGCUGUUAACUUUUGUUGCAAAUUCUUACCUAUACACUCUUCAUGGCAUUUUCACUGGCUUUGCCAUCUAGUCCUUGUAGUUUUGUUUUUGAGGUCUUUCUUGAUCUGUCUCGUUUGUUACGGAAUUUAUAAUUUAAUAAAACUACAUUUUAUCAGUAACAAUC